UCGGUUUUGUUUCUUGUUUGCUACCUUCCUUCUUAUCCUCUUUGUUCUUUUCCUAUCACCCGGUGGUGACAAAGUGGGUCUGUAAUCUGAAAAAGGCCUGAGAAAUUUUGUAUUUUUGUGGCUGCACCUAGAGAAGUUUUUGUUUGCAGUUAGAAAACCAUGUGCAGCUGUUUUUUUUAGUAACAACUAUUGAUUUGUUACUAAAGUUAUCCUUGAAGAAGGUUGGCGUUUCGUGCAAGAUUUCGUCUAUUGAAUCUUUGUGUCAUCUCAUGGCUAUAUUUCCAUUUGUGUGUUGUCGGGAUGAUAAUCCUUCAAUUCUCCAAGAUAAUUAAAGCUAGUUAAAAAUCUCAGACUGUCCUCGAGUAAAACUUUAAUGACUAUUCAAUAGAGGUAGUUGAUCUUCUUGAGAAAAGACAGUUUUCAUCGAGGGUUUAAUUCUUAGAUGUUAGGGCGUCUCUUAUUCAAGGUGAGAAAGGAAGGUGGUUGGAUGGCUGAUAAUCAAGUUGAUUUGAUGUUAGCUUUUGUGAAAUUUAGUUAGGUGACCUUAUGGUGGCCUAAUUCUCACCUACAGGAACUGUACGUGCAGAUCUUAUCCAGGCUUGCAAUCUAUAAAAUCGGUGUCUUCCUUCUUUCCUCAUAGGCCUUUAAAAGGAUUAGAACACCCCACCCACUUAGCUAAAACUCUGACAUAUUGUUUUAGAUCUGAGGCAGCAAAAAAGCCCGACGUGAACAGACGCUAUGGCCACAGAGCAGUACUUGGAAGAAACCGUGGCUCAGAAUGACUAUAACAGAGAAUAUAAGCCAUCAUUGCUGAACUGGAAACCUAUUCCUAAGACAGCCAUAGAUUCUGACGAUAGCCCCUCCAAUGGUUUUGAUUGCAAUAUUUGCCUAGAUUCCGUGCAGGAUCCAGUGGUCACACUUUGUGGUCACCUCUACUGCUGGCCCUGCAUAUACAAAUGGCUACACUCCCAGAGCAUCUCUGCUGAAAACCAAGAUCAGCAGCCACAACAGCAAUGUCCUGUUUGCAAAGCCGAAGUUUCCCAAUCCACAAUAGUUCCUCUCUUUGGCAGGGGCCAAACCACAAAACCCUCCAUGAGAAAAGCCCCAAAUGUCGGUAUAAUCAUUCCACAUAGACCUCCUGGUCUUGCCUGUGGGUUUGACUCGCCGAGAACACCUAUCGCCACAGGUAGUCCACGCCCAGUUCAGCAAAUUCAUCAUCGACAUAAUUAUCCACAUCAGUCACAACUCCACUAUUCCCAGCCAGGGAGCUACUCUGCUUCCCCUAUGCAUAGCCCAAGGGGCACUACAAUAAACAUGGCUGAUCCAGUGGUUGGGAUGUUUGGCGAAAUGAUAUACGCAAGGGUUUUUGGUAACUCGAUAACCAACAUGCCGAGUUACCCAAAUUCGUAUCAUCUCGCAGGAAGUGCUAGCCCAAGAGUGAGAAGGCAUGUAAUGCAAGCUGAUAGGUCUCUCAGCAGAAUCUGCUUCUUCCUCUUUUGCUGUGUAUUUUUAUGUUUUCUCUCGUUCUGACCAAAGAUUUACGUUGUUCUGAUCUCGAAUACCUCUAAAACUUUACGAGUAAACAGCUGGAUGUGCUAGAAAUGGAGACAUGCUGCAUAUCCCGUGCUGCCUUAUAUGUAACUAUGAGUCCUUUAUCCUUAGCUUUAUCAUGUAACUUGAUGAAAAAUCUUGUUCCUUCUGUUUUGGCCAGAUGAUCAAAGAUUUGGAUUCUCGCUCUUA